CUGGCAAAGAAAUACCACCCUGAUACGAAUAAGGAUGACCCUAAAGCUAAAGAGAAGUUCUCUCAGCUGGCAGAAGCUUAUGAGGUAUUAAGUGAUGAAGUCAAGCGGAAACAAUACGACACGUAUGGCACGGCCAGCUUUGAUCCCGGUGCUGCUGGUGCUGGCGCCGGGCGGCAGUACUGGAGCAGCGGCCCAUCGAUUGAUCCGGAAGAGCUUUUCAGGAAAAUCUUCGGAGAGUUUUCGGGAUCUUCUUUUGGCGAUUUUCAGAAUGUCUUUGACCAGCCGCAGGAGUAUAUCAUGGAUCUGACGUUCACCCAAGCCGCAAAAGGUGUUAACAAGGAGAUUGUGGUGAACAUCACUGACUCCUGUGAGCGAUGCGAUGGGAAAGGACACGAACCUGGUACCAAAGUGCAGCGCUGUCACUACUGCAGUGGCAGCGGCAUGGAGACGAUAAAUACCGGCCCGUUUGUAAUGCGAUCCACCUGCCGACGAUGCGGCGGCCGCGGUUCCAUCAUAACAACGCCGUGCGUAGCGUGUCGAGGAACGGGGCAAACCAAACAGAAGAAGACAGUGAUGGUUCCUGUGCCAGCUGGAGUUGAGGAUGGGCAGACAGUUCGGAUGGCAGUGGGGAAGAAAGAAAUUUUCAUUACGUUCAGGGUUCAGAAGAGUUCUGUGUUCAGAAGAAACGGAGCAGAUAUCCACUCGGAUCUCCUCGUUUCGAUAGCACAGGCUGUUCUGGGAGGCACAGCCAGGUGCCAAGGCUUGUACGAGACAAUCAAUAUCGCAAUACCCCCUGGCAUUCAGCCAGACCAGAGGAUUCGAAUGAGCGGGAAAGGCAUUCCCAAGGUUAACAGUUACGGCUAUGGAGACCACUACAUUCACAUAAAGAUAAAAGUUCCUCAGAGGCUGACGGAUCGCCAGCGGGCCUUAAUGAUGAGCUACGCCGAGGAGGAGACGGAUGUGGACGGCACGGUGAACGGCGUCACCAACACAGCGUCAGGGAAGCGUUCCACUGGAAACUGAGAGCCAGCAGAUCUUCGUUGCAGUCGGGGAUGAGUCUUUCUGGCAGCAGGCUCUGGAGAGUGAAGGAUGUCCGUCAGCAGCACAGUGAGAAUCCCAGCUGGAGAGGCUACGUCCCACGGAGGCACCCACAGGCAUGACACAAACCUCACCCGCCAGCGUAGGAAAGGCAGGGAAGGAAAAUGC